UUCGCUAUGGUGAUCCUUACCAAUGAACAGCUCACCGAUGCUCAACAGACAGGGUUGUACCUUCCGCAUCUGGAAAAGGAUGCGUGCGGAGUCGGAUUUGUCGUUUCUGUUAAAGGGGUUGCUACGCAUCAGAUUCUUGAAAGUGGUAGGAUAAUGUUGGAAAGAAUGGCUCACCGUGGGGCUUGUUCGUCCGAUUUGGACUCUGGUGAUGGAGCAGGGGUUUUAACAUCAAUUCCUGAUGCGCUGUAUCGGAAGGAUCUAGCCAGCUGUGGAGUGGAACUUCCGCCACUGGGGGAGUACGGUACUGGCAUAUUGUUCCUAAAGGAGGAAACCCAUGAGCAAGCAAAAGAAGCGUUUAAUGACUUAGCCAGAGGAUGCGAUUUGAAAGUUAUUGCUUGGAGAAAACUGCGCACGAGUAGUGAUGAAAUUGGAGAGGAAGCCCGAAAAACUGAGCCGUGUAUUCGUCAGGUGUUUGUAACUGCUAAAUACGCUGCUUCUGAGAAAGACUUGUUUGAAAGAAAUGUUUAUAUGCUACGGAAACAGUCGGCUGCCCAAUCAAUCAAGCAGGAGGUUGACUGCUAUGUUUGUUCAUUGAGUACUUCUACUAUUGUAUAUAAAGGCCAGUUUGCACCUCAUCAACUUUACCGUUACUUCGUCGAUUUGACGGACCCGGAGUUUGUAUCCCAUGUUGCGCUUGUUCACAGCCGUUUCUCGACAAACACAUUCCCGUCUUGGUGUCGGGCUCAACCAAAUAGGAUGCUCGCUCAUAAUGGCGAAAUUAACACCUUAAGGGGGAAUAUUAAUUUUAUGCAUGCACGUGAAGGCGUUAUGCACAGCGAUAUUUUUGGUGACAAGCUCCAAAAACUUUAUCCGGUGGUAGAACCUGGAAGUACAGAUUCCGGUUGUUUUGACAACGUGUUAGAGUUUUUGGUAAAAGCUGGCAAGCGUUCUCUUCCAGAAGCUGCUAUGAUGAUGGUUCCAGAAGUGUGGGAAAAAGUUGAUGAAAUGCCAUCUGAAAAAAGAACUUUCUAUCGCUGGGCAGCGAUGCAAAUGGAACCGUGGGAUGGACCUGCCCUACUUGCAUUUUCCGAUGGCAACUACGUUGGUGCAAUUUUGGACAGAAACGGUUUGCGACCUGCACGUUAUUAUUUAACAAAGGAUGACCAUCUCUACCUUUCAAGUGAAGUAGGGGUCAUUGAUUUACCUGAAGAUAGCGUCAUUGAAAAGGGGAGACUCCGACCCGGUCGUAUGUUGCUUGUAGAUACUGUUGCAAAGAAGAUUGAGGGUGACAAUGACCUUAAAAUGCGUAUAGCUCUUUCUCGUCCUCAUAAAAAACUGUGUGUUCAUCGGCUGUAUCUUGACCAGUUCAGGCGUGAAGAUAUUCUCUCUCAUGGUGCGGUAACUAAUGAGUACCUCAUAAAACGGGAACUUGAACAGCAUGGUAUAUUUGAUGGAUGGACAGCCAACGGUCCUCAAAAGACUCACAAAGACAUUCGUUUGGAUUAUGACCGUCGUCUGAUAGCUUUUUCCUUUUCCCCUGAUACAUUCUCUAUGCUUGUUAUCCCGUUAAUUAAAGAAAGAAAGGAAGCGAUUGGUUCUAUGGGGAAUGAUGCUGCCUUGGCUUGUCUUUCAGACUACAGCCCUUUGAUGUUCUCCUACUUCCAACAACUUUUUGCACAGGUUACAAACCCUCCAAUCGAUCCGUUUCGAGAACAGAUUGUUAUGUCCCUUCGCUGUCCUGUUGGUCCUGAAUCUAACUUACUAGAACCAGAAGAAGAAUUAGAAGCACGUUUGAUUUUGGAGCAACCAGUGCUGUCGAUGGUUGAUAUCGAGGUGUUAAAAAGAACCACAUACAGGGGCUGGAAGACCAAAGUAAUUGAUAUAGUUUACCCGGUUAACCACGACGCGAAGGGUCUUUUGCCAGCACUGGAUAGAAUUUGCAGUGAAACAUGCGCUGCAGUUUUGGAUGGCUAUCAAAUGAUAAUUCUUUCUGAUCGGAAUGUUAGCGCCAAUUCUGUUGCUGUUAGUUCGGUACUAGCCCUUGGAGCAGUUCAUCAGUGUCUUCUGAGACAGAAACUCCGAACAAAGGUGGCUUUAAUCGUUGAAUCUGGGGAAGUGAAGUUGGUUCAUGAUUUUUGUGUGCUACUUGGUUUUGGAGCAGACGCUGUUUGUCCAUAUAUGAUAUAUGAGACUUGCCAUCGUUUGCGAACAAUGGGGCUAUUUGACAGUGACAUCAAUGAUGACCAGGUUUACCAAAAUUACCGAGCUGGAAUCGAAAGAGGGAUUUUCAAAGUCAUGGCAAAAAUGGGAAUUAGUACACUACAUAGUUACAAGGGUGCUCAAAUAUUUGAAGCAGUUGGACUGGCUCAGGAAGUGGUUGAUAGAUGUUUCACUAAUACUAUUUCUCGACUUGGAGGAGCCACGUUUGACAUCUUAGCUGCUGAAGCGUUGCAGAUUCAUCAUGCUGCAUAUCCAUGUUCAGAACAGCUGAAAUACAAUUUUGGAGACAGUAGUACGUUAAUUAGUCCAGGCUUAUAUCACUGGCGAGCUGGUGGCGAAAGACAUAUUAACGAACCACUGAGUGUUGCUAAACUGCAGGCUGCCGGGCGGCUAAAUGAUAAAAAAAGCUACAGGGAGUUUUCAAUAGCGUCAAAUAUGGCACAGCGAAUGUGUACUCUUCGUGGUCAGCUAGAAAUUAAAACUAGCAAGUCACUAAAGAUACCAAUAGAAGAAGUUGAGCAGGCAUCUGAGAUUGUGAAGCGUUUCGCAACAGGAGCUAUGUCUUUUGGCAGCAUAUCUUGGGAGGCUCACACAACGCUCGCGAUAGCCAUGAAUAGGAUUGGAGGGCGUUCAAACACUGGUGAAGGUGGGGAGAAACCUGAACGUUAUCGGAGUGGUCAGCAGAAAGAAAAUAACGUCCGAUCUGCCAUAAAACAGGUAGCGUCUGCCCGUUUUGGAGUUAACAGUGCUUACCUCGCUAAUGCGGAUGAAAUCCAAAUAAAAAUGGCACAAGGAGCUAAGCCAGGCGAAGGCGGUGAACUUCCUGGUCACAAAGUGACUGUUGAAAUUGCUCAUACCAGAAACUCAACCGCAGGAGUUGGCCUCAUUUCGCCUCCUCCGCAUCAUGACAUUUACAGUAUCGAGGAUCUUGCGCAACUUAUAUAUGAUUUAAAAUGUGCUAAUCCCUUAGCACGAAUUAGUGUGAAGCUUGUUUCGGAAGCUGGUGUUGGAAUUAUAGCUUCAGGUUGUGUAAAAGGAGGUGCGGAUCACAUCACUAUUUCCGGUCAUGAUGGUGGCACGGGCGCCUCAAGUUGGACAGGUAUCAAACAUGCCGGUUUGCCUUGGGAAUUAGGAGUUGCCGAAACGCAUCAAGUUCUUACUAUGAAUAACUUACGCUCCCGUGUCGUUUUGCAGGCUGAUGGGCAAAUCCGGACUGGAAGAGACGUUAUGGUUGCUAUGCUACUGGGAGCUGACGAAGUCGGGAUGUCCACUGCCCCACUGAUUGUUCUUGGCUGCAUAAUGAUGCGAAAAUGUCAUCUCAACACAUGCCCAGUUGGCAUUGCUACUCAGGAUCCUGUGUUACGAGCGAAAUUUAGUGGUAAGCCAGAACAUGUUGUUAACUAUAUGUUUAUGGUGGCGGAGGAGGUACGAUACUUUCUAUCCAAUCUUGGCUUACGCUCAGUUCAGGAAGCUGUUGGACGAGUCGAUUUACUUUACGCUAGUUCGGAUCCGGUUAAUAAGAAAGCGACUAUGUUGGAAUUUGGGAGAAUUCUUAAAAAUAUUCGCCGUUUAUUCCCAGAUCGUGAUAUAAGGGGUGGAGUAAUAAAACAACAACAUGAAAUUAGUGCAUUAGAAGAAGAAGCAGUUAAGUCAUGUGAGGACCUGUUGUGUGGAAAAGUUACUAAAGUGAACUUAGAGGGUUGCACUGUAACAAACUUGGAUCGUGCAUUUGGAGCACGAAUAAGUUAUAUGAUAUCUAAAAAAUAUGGUGAAAAAGGACUUCCGAACCAACUUUCUGUCUCAAUUUCAUUGACUGGACAUGCAGGACAAAGCUUUGGUGCAUUUUUGGCCAGAGGUGUAACUUUGUAUUUGGAGGGCGAUGGAAAUGAUUAUGUUGGAAAGGGACUGUCAGGCGGUAAAAUUAUAAUUCGCCCACCAAAGUGCUGUGCUUUCAAGUCUGAGGAAAACUCUGUUAUUGGAAAUGUUGCACUGUAUGGAGCUACUGAUGGAGAGGCAUUCUUUCGUGGCAUUGGUGGUGAACGGUUUGCAGUGCGAAAUUCUGGAGCUGUUGCAGUAAUAGAGGCUGUUGGUGAUCAUGGUUGUGAAUACAUGACCGGUGGCAUAGUAGUAAUUUUACACGGGAUUGGAAGGAAUUUUGCUGCAGCAAUGUCUGGAGGAAUUGCUUAUGUUUUUGACUAUAAUGGCAAAGUGAGGCAGAUGAUGAAUGUAGCAACGGUGGAUUUGGAAAAUCCGACGACAGAGGAUAUCAGUUGGCUGAAAAACAAGAUCAAUGAGUUUGUGAAGGCUACCGGAUCUGAAAUUGGCAAUGAACUGUUAAAAGAUUGGGAGGGCUCGCAAAAGAGCUUUGUAUUUCCUAAAGAUUACAAGCGAGCGUUAAAGGAGCAAAAAGCCGCUAAAGCUAUGCGAAAUGAAGCAGAAAAGAAAGCAAAAAUUGACGGUUCUUUGAAGGAGUUUGAAGAUGCCACCAAGCUUCCGUUAAGUCCAAUCUUUUCAAGAAAUCGAACGUUUUCAAUGGAUAAGCAAAUUAGUUUAGAGCGUCAAGUGAAGGUAUCUCGCAGGAAAAGUGGAAAGGAUUUCUUGACAAGAGCUAAGAUGAGAAUUGAGGAAAUAAGUGUAAAGUUACAUUUACUAGAGCUUUUGGCAAGUUUUGCAUACACGUUGAGUCCUCGUCCUGAGGACAUCGCAGGUUUUGAAUUGGAAAAGGACCUUCAGGACGAACAGGAGGAGGUUGAUGAAGACGAAGAAUCAUCAGAAUCUGAAGCCGAUAGUGAUGAAGAGCUUAAGCCUGAUUUCGAAAAUGUUGACAUUGAAAACAUUCCAGUAACUACUCCUUCAGAAUAUGGAGCGGAUGAGCCACUGGACAAACUUCGCGGUUUUGUAAAGUAUCAUCGCCUUAAAGUGACUUAUCGCCCGCCUGAGCAACGGAUCAAGGACUGGCAAGAAGUUACAGAUUAUGCUGUUGUUAGGUCAAGCAUUCGUAAACAGGCGGCUAGAUGUAUGGAUUGUGGUGUACCGUUCUGUCAGAGCAAUACGGGUUGUCCACUGGGAAAUAUUAUACCUAAAUGGAAUGAUUAUGUUUUUAAGCAGAAUUGGAGGCAGGCUUUGCAGCAGCUGUUACAAACAAAUAACUUUCCUGAAUUUACGGGACGCGUUUGUCCAGCUCCAUGCGAGGGAGCGUGCUGCCUCGCUAUUACAUCUCCUCCAGUAACCAUCAAAAAUAUAGAAUGUGCAAUCAUCGAUUAUGCGUUCUUGCAAGGAUGGAUGCAACCGCAAAAGCCAACAUUAAGUACAGGAAAACGCAUUGCGAUUAUUGGAAGCGGUCCUGCAGGGAUGGCUGCUGCUGCUCAGUUAAAUAAAGUUGGCCACACUGUAGUUGUGUAUGAAAGGAAAAAUCGUGUAGGAGGGCUGCUUCGGUACGGAAUACCUACAAUGAAGCUCGAUAAAUUUGUUGUUGACCGCCGUGUAAAACUGAUGGAAGCAGAAGGGAUUCGAUUUUUAACAAACACAGAAAUUGGAAAACACGUUUCUGCCGAAUUUCUGCUAAAGGAAAAUGAUGCCAUUUUGGUUUGUACUGGCUCAACAAUUCCACGAGAUUUGCCUGUUGAAAAUAGAGAUGCUAAGGGAAUAUGCUUUGCUAUGGAGUUCUUGGAAAAAAGUCAGAUGCGCCGGGCCGGAGAAAACGUUCCUUGGGAUGGACUGGAUCCGAAAGAUAAACGCGUCAUCAUUCUUGGGGGUGGCGAUACAGCUACUGAUUGCCUAGCCACAUGUAUCAGACUGGGAGCAAAAAGUAUAUGUACAUUUGAAAUCUUGCCGCAGCCGCCUCAAGAACGUAAGCCUGACAAUCCGUGGCCUGAAUGGCCUCUUGUUUUUCGGGUUGACUAUGGUCACGAAGAAUUUCGUAAGCUCACAGGCAGUGAUCCACGAAAAUAUUCAAUUUGCACUAAGAGGUUCAUCGCUGAAGAAUCCUCAAAUGUAAAGACGCUGACCGGGUUGGAGGCUGUUGAAAUUGAGUGGGAAAAGGAUGAAAAAGGAGCGUGGAAGAUGAAGGAGAUUGAAGGGACCAAGAAUACUUAUCCAUGUGAUCUAUGUAUACUUGCAUUGGGUUUUACUGGACCAGAAAAAGCAGUCAUUGAGCAGUUGGAUCUUAAGUCGGACAGUAAAUGUAACAUUGUAACCGAUACCGAUAAAUACAACACCUCGGUCGCUAAAGUGUUUGCAGCUGGCGACUGCCGUCGUGGGCAGUCUUUGGUAGUAUGGGCCAUUCAUGAGGGACGUCAAGCAGCACGACAAGUCGAUCAUUACCUUAUGGGAAAGACCACUUUGGCGGGGCCUGGCGGCUGUGUGCUUGCUCCAAUCAAUUAG